GGUGACCUAUUCACAGGCCUAAAUGACGGCCUGCUGAGUAGAGCCGAGGCUCUCGCCGCCGUGGACAUGGGCAAGCACCAGCCGGGGAGUGGGGGAGGACCCACACCCACCCUGCCACAGCUCAAACACGACAUGAUGUACCACCCUGGUAUGGGCGCGCCCCAUCCUGGACCCCCGAACGCCAGACCUCAUCAGAUGAGUCAUCACCACGGCAUGGAAGGCCUAGAGAUGCUUGACCCGAUCUCGUCUUCGGCAAUGACCACCCUGACACCAAUGGGCGACGGUGGCGCAUCCCACGGUCCCCAACUGCACUACGGCCCCGCAAUGAACACAAUGAUGACGUCACACCACCACCACCAUCACCACACGUCUCCACUGACCGGCCACGGGCCGCCGGGUCACCACCAUCCGCACGCACCCCACACACACACCAUAGUCCAGCAUCCCGACUCGGACACCGACCCGCGCGAACUCGAGGCGUUCGCCGAACGAUUCAAGCAGCGACGCAUCAAGCUGGGCGUCACGCAGGCUGAUGUCGGAAAGGCACUUGCCAACCUGAAGCUGCCUGGGGUGGGCGCACUGUCGCAGUCGACGAUUUGUCGCUUCGAGUCACUGACAUUGUCGCACAACAACAUGAUUGCGCUCAAGCCCAUUCUGCAGGCCUGGCUCGAGGAGGCUGAGGCUCAGGCCAAGAACAAGCGACGCGACCCGGAUGCGCCCAGCGUCUUGCCUGCUG